ACCUCUUCUUUCCCGGGUAGGAAUGAGACCUAUGUGUGUGGAGCUGGGAUGACCCCAAUAUUCUGAAACGUUUUGCUUUUUUUUGUGGUGGCCCGGGACCUUCUCGGACCGUAUGCGCGCAUUCACGCAUAUCUUCACUCACUCACUCACUCACUCACUCACGCACACACACACACACAAACAAAACACCACACAUCAUAUUCCGCGUCUGCAAACCAACGAACAGCGCAGACAGGUUUUGCUCUGCGAAAGGCUGUCUUGCAGACUACACUCGAGAAGAGUUACGGAGUGUAGUCUACUUAUCCCCUACGAUUUUUGGUGUAUGAAAAAAUAAACAUUCUAUAAAGAGGAGCAGUGCAAUCAAUCGUGGAUCUCGGAUAUGGCAGGUGUUAAGACAUUCGACCUUGUUGUUGGAGUUGUUUUAGUUUUUCUGUCUCUUGGAAAUGCGUUUCAAGAGCCCGGACAGGACCCGACAAACGGGGACUCCUACUCCUACGUGCAAGGGCAGCCUCUGGCUAAGGAGGACAUGGCGGUUGAUGUGAAGCUGUACAGUCAUCGGUGGAGGAGGUGGCUGUCCCCAGAACAGCCACGUAACAGGGACAGCAACAGGGCCAGCCAGGACCAAGAGCAGGGUCAGGAUCAGGGUCAAGACCAACCUGAUGGGGGUUUCCCAGGCCUGCUCUCAGCAGAGGACAGCCAGGACACUGACAACAGCUCCCAGAUAGAGGAGGACACAGAUCACAACUACUACACAUCGAAGACCUACGGCCCCACGGACCCCAUGAGCAAAGACUUGUGGGUAAACGUUGACCAGAUGGACAAGGAUAAGGUGAAGAUCCAUGGCAUCCUGUCCAACACUCACAGGCAAGCUGCGAGAGUAAAUCUUUCCUUCGAUUUUCCCUUCUAUGGACAUUUCCUGCGUGAUCUCACCGUGGCAACUGGUGGGUUCAUCUACACAGGGGACGUGGUCCACAGAAUGCUGACGGCCACCCAGUACAUCGCCCCUCUCAUGGCCAACUUUGACCCUAGUGUCUCCAGGAACUCAACCGUCAUCUACUUCGACAACGGCACUGCUCUGGUGGUCCAGUGGGAUCAUGUCCACCUGCAAGACAACUACAACCUGGGUAGCUUCACCUUCCAGGCCACACUGCACAGCGACGGCAGGAUUGUCUUCGCCUACAAAGAGAUUCCAAUGGAGGUGGCCCAGAUCAGCUCCGUCAAUCACCCGGUGAAAGUGGGCCUCUCCGAUGCCUUUGUGGUGGUCCACAGGAUCCAGCAGAUACCCAAUGUUCGUCGGAGAACGAUCUAUGAGUACCAUCGUGUGGAGCUGACAAAGACCAAAAUCACCAACUCUACAGCAGUGGAGAUGAUGCCUCUACCGACGUGUCUCCAGUUCACCAGCUGUGACAGCUGCAUCUCCUCCCAGAUCAACUUCAACUGCAGCUGGUGCCACCUCCUUCACAGGUGUUCCAGUGGGUUUGACCGCCAUCGGCAAGACUGGGUUGAUAACAGCUGUCCUGAUGAGACCAAAGCCAAAAGCUGUGAUAUCAUCAGCACCACACAACUCGAUCCAUUCAUCACCACGUUAGUUGCCAAAACAACAGGCCAGAGCAGAAGCCGAGGAGAGACCACCACAGCCGGAGCCUCCUCGUCCACAUCCCGACCCCCAACCAGCGUCCCCACUGAAGAUGACACCAAGAUUGCUCUGCAUCUUAAAGACAAUGGAGCGAUGCCAAAGGAGAGUGCUGCGGAGAGGAAGGACACACACCCACUGCACACCGGCCUGAUCCUGGGCAUUCUCGUGGUCUUGCUCAUCAUGGCAGCCGCAGUCCUGGUCACUGUCUACAUCUACCACCACCCUACAUCAGCCGCAAGCCUCUUCUUCAUCGAGAGACGUCCCAGCAGGUGGCCGGCCAUGAAGUUCCGUCGAGGGUCGGGUCACCCGGCCUACGCGGAGGUGGAGCCCGUGGGCCAGGAGAAGGAGGGCUUUAUUGAGUCUGAGCAGUGCUAAGGGGCAUGCACUGCUCCCCCCCAAUGCGACUGAUUGACGCUGGUCUCUUGUUUUGUCGAUUCAAACGCUCACUGUCAAUGUUGUGAAAUGAGAUGAGAAAAUCGUGGCGGUGUCACUUUGAAAUCCCCAUGCUUUUUUUCUGGUGGUCUGAGAGUAAGGCCUUGUGUUUGGUGGACUACCACGGUGAACCUUCAAACCUGGCUUGUUCAACAGAGAGCUGAUCUGAGAGCUGCUGAGGGAGGGUCACUGCCAGAGGGACUGUGCUGUGGGAAAACCUUAAACUGAUCUCAAGUCAGUUCUUCAGUCCAAGCCCAAAGUCUUCGAACACUUCACACUCACGGUGGUGAACGUGACUGACUUCUUGGGGACCGAGUGAACGUAACGGUGUCAUUGAGUGGGUUGUACAGUGUGACUGCCCUACACUGGUGGUGUGUGAUGUGAGGGGGGAGUAGUAGGAAGAAUUAUACAGUAUAUUUUUCAGAAAGAAUACCGAGUAUGUGAACAGAGAUCUUGACUUUAAAUGUUGGUGAGGCUAUAUAGGCCUUUAUAUAUCCUUUGAGGUUUUGCUAAUUUACUGUUCCAUGUUGACGUUUCUUCUGUUGCUUUUUUAACUGGGGUUUUAUUAUUCCUAAUCAGUGAGGGGAUUUUGUCUGUCUUUCCGCUACCAUAAUAAGGCUUCUUUACCGUAGCUUUUUACUUCAUAGCGUGGUUCAAUAGUGUGAUAUGCUCCUGCUUACUGCCCCUCAUCCCACCCAGGAGUAGCAGGCUUUUGUUGGUAUCUCUUUUUUUACAUAAAGUUU